GACUGGAAAGUUUUGAUGAUGAGGUAUAUAAAGCGUCUCACCAUUGGUACGGUUCUCCUAACCUCAGCGUAAAAUGAUUUUCGGUUUCUUUUGCCCCAAGUGCAAAAUCUCUGUCAGGACGUGUGUGAAGUACUGGAACUCUGCAGUGGUGUAGAGAUCUGAAACCCCCUUGGACUAUCUCUGAAGUGUGGGGCCGGCCGGAGCUGAGCCCAGGCACACGAUGGCAGGCGGGCACCCGCGGAGGAGCAGCCCUUGCUAACACUCCCCCCCGACCCUGGCUGACCCGCUCGCCCCGCCCCCUCGCAGCAGCAUGGCCAAUCACGUGGAGCUGCUGAACGAGCUGCAGCAGUUGGAGAAGGUGCCGAGUCUGGAGCGGCUCCGGGCGGCACAGAGGCGGCGCUCACAGCAGCUGAAGCGCUGGGCGCUCUAUGAGAAGGAGAUGCAGAGCAGGAAGCGCAAGGCCGAGAAACGGCGGGGGGGCCUGCCCCCCCCCUCCGCCCUGGACGGCCGGAAGCGCGUGUCCUUCUCCGCCAGCGUGGCCCUGCUGGAGGCCUCCGCACGCAACGACUCCGAGGAAGUGUCCAUCGAUCCUUCACCUGCCUUCACUGAGCACACACAAGGCUUUGAAUCUCCAGGAGCUGCUCUCGCUUGGUGCUUUUAAGUCAGCUUCAGGGACUUGGAGUCUAGCCCAGCAGCCUGCCAUUGGUUGUUUUGGAUAAGCUUAUCUGUCCC